AGGUGUCGUCCAAUGAGGGACCGAUGAUCGCCCGAUCGGUUGGCCUCAAGUCAGGCGUUCCCCUACCGGUGCCCUGUCUUACUGUCAACAGACUGUGCGGCUCUGGCUUUCAAGCGGUGGUCACCGGCGCUCAGGACAUACUGUUAAGAGACGCCGAAAUCGCCUUAACUCUGGGCGCGGAAAACAUGAGUCAAACCCCGUUUUUGCUGAAAGGCGCCCGAUUUGGGGUCAAAUUCUCGCAGACACCAGUCCUGGAGUGCGGACUCUGGGAGGGACUGAAGGACCACAACGUGAACAUCCGGAUGGGAGAGACGGCCGAAAAGUUGGGCAAAAAGUGUGGCAUCAGUCGCGAGGACGCGGAUCGGGUGGCCCUCCGGUCGCAGCAACGGUGGGCCGACGCCCACAAGAGGGGCGUAUUCAAGGAUGAGAUCGUUGGAGUGCCCAUCAAAGUGAAGGGCAAAGAAGUGCUGUUCGACACCGACGAGCACCCGAAGCCCAACACCACUGCCGAGCAAUUGGCUAAAUUGGCCUCAGUUUUUGAACGCAACGGCACCGUUACGGCCGGCAACGCGUCCGGCGUUAACGACGGCGCCGGCGCUAUAGUGUUAGCCUCCGAGGAGGCGCUGACCAAACAUAAUCUCAAACCGUUGGCACGUCUUGUGGGCUACAGUAGCGUCGGUGUCGACCCAACUAUUAUGGGUAUCGGUCCGGUGCCGGCCAUACAGGCGGUGCUCAAAAAGACUGGACUCACUCUCAACGACAUCGACGUGAUUGAAGUGAACGAAGCGUUUGCCACACAGUUUGCCGCGUGUGAGAAGGAGUUGGGUUUAGAUCCGGCAAAGACUAACGUUAACGGAGGGGCCGUCGCUCUCGGGCACCGUUUGAAUGAAAAGCAAAAGUCAAACGCUCUGAAAGAGUCGGAAUUCUUGGUCAGAGUUAACUCAGAAGUAGCCGUAAAGUACAUCGACUCGUGGCUCGAAGGGAACAGUUUGCUGUACAUCCAGAUGGAGGCCUGCCAUCAGAGUCUUCGUGACAUUCUUGAGAUCAAAAGCAAAGCAUUCGGUCGACUAUCAGCGGAGGAGCCGAUGAAAUGUCACGAGUGGUACCUCUCGUGUCAUAUAUAUCGGGAACUGUUGGCGUGCGUCCAGUGUUUGCACGACAUGAGACCUCAGCUGAUUCAUCGGGACCUUAAGCCAGAGAAUGUGCUGAUCCAAUGCCAGGCCAACGGGCAGUGGUGUCUGAAACUGUGUGACUUCGGUCUCUCCACUCUUCAUAACGAUGCGAUGGAAUACUACAGGAGUUCCCAAAAGGACCAAAAGGAGUCCCACACACAAGACGUGGGAGACCUGAGAUAUAUCGCCCACGAAGUGGUCACCAGUCGUAAGUACGACACCAAAGCCGAUGUCUACAGUCUGGCCAUUAUUGGCGGCGAGUUGUUUGACAUCAAUGUCUCAGCUAUUAAUCUCGAUAACUUUCCCGAUGAUUACUUAACACGUGAUAAUCCCCUAAACGCCGCGGUUUAUGAAAUGCAUAAACUGUUGGACUCGAUGUUUGUAAUGAAACCGUCUCUAAGACCUAAUUGUGAGAAAGUGUUGGACAAAUACGACAACUGGUCUAUCGAUAAGACUGUUGUGCAAAAUGAUACGAUUCCCUGUCCGCCGCCAAUACAGGCCGAGCCGAUGGCGUACCGGCCGUUACGUCUCUUCAGCUCAUACACCAAAUUGGCGGUAAUGCGAGCGCCGGACGCGCCCACAGCUAAU